AUGAGCGGUCUUCCCUAUCAGCCUGCCCCGCAUAUUUCCUACCAUAAAACACCACAGGUAUCUCACCCUGCCCGUACUCCACCUUUGACAUCAACAUCAUAUCAACAACCAAGUGAUUCCUACCAAGAUAUCCAACCGGCAAAGUAUCAAGGCGAUCCUCAAAGACCAGCAGCCUCACAUGUACCUACAAGCGGUGGCUACUACAAAGCUGAACCACAGACAAACUACCAGAAGCCAGGACAGACACCCAAUCUGGCCCAUACCGCAACAUCAUCAACAACAUAUCAAAAAUCAGGCGGCACUUACCAGAAAGUGCCACAGACAGCCCGCCCAACACGUCAAGGCUCCGGGCUUCCGGCUAGUGAAGUGGCUGCCGCACAAAAUCGAUUACAGAGUGCAGCACGUACUCAGGAGCUCAGUAGGAUGGUCCCCGGAAGUGUCGGCCAAGCACAACAACCAGCCCCGGAUCAUCAAAAUCGCGAUCGCAGAAGCAGAAGCAGAGAUAAUCAAGGGAACUGCUGUUCCAUUUUGUGA